ACAUUAAUCUAUAUACAUAGUUGGCUAUAUAUUGCUACUGUAGCUUACUGUAAAGAUGAAUUCGAAGCAAACUCAUUUACCAACAAGCAGAUUGUGUGGGCAACCUAUGGUAUGUAUAACCACGAAGGAAUGCUCUUCCCAGGGUCUAAGUGUCCUGGCCAAUAUGGCGGCGUGGAGCUUUUAGUUUGGAUCUUCCAUCGUUCACAGAGUCAGUCAUUGUUGCAGUACAAACCUAAUUUAAGCUUAAUAGUACCUACAAAAAUUUCAAGAAAGGACUCUGCAAUAUAAAAACCAAAAUACCAAAGAAGUCAAUAGAAUUAGAAGGCCAGGACAGACAUUUACAGGGGGCACCGAACGACGAUUUCCUCCUAACUGCGUUGAAAUUAUGAAAGAAUUCUCCUUAUCGAGUAGAUGGCUAGCAUGUAAAAGUAGGCGGUGAUUUCAGGCUUUAUCUUUCGCACCUUCCUGUAGUUCCCCAAAAAGUAGGCGGCUCAAAACUCGAAGUAGCCAGUUUUUAGCCGGCUGCCGGCACUUAAUGAGAACCUUGUAGACUAUACAGUACUUUUAAAUCUCUAGAAGUGCAUUCUAAGCGGAGCUAUAAAAUUUGUAUCUCAGACCUGCCAACCCCUGAUAAAGGAAAAUCUGGAGACCCAUGAAAAAAAAUCUGGAGAUUCUAUAAAAAAUAGUGAGAUUUUAUUUUUUUCCCGAUCAAGAUUAAACAAACCCCUUUUCCAUCGAGGAAUAUCAUUAACAGUUUAUUUAUUUAUUUAUCGCUUUCCCGCGCUGAACUUACAAAGACUACUGGGAAACUAAACAUGGGAGACGCCUGGGAAUUAGACCUCGUUCCCAGGGCCUACUCCCCUUUCAAAAUGGCGGACAGACACGAAGGAAAACGAUUAAGUUCAUUGAAGACAAGCGAAAAUCAGGGCCGGGUACAAAAAAGUAAGAACAGUGUUCUUCUUUAUUAGUUUUUCACUUUAUGGCACAAGCAUUCCUCGUUAAUUUCCCAUUUUUAUUCUGAUUCAACAACUUAAAUAAUUUCAGAAUGAUUUUUCCCAAAACCCGUGAGAUUGAGGAGCCUUGUCGUGAGACCGUGAGAAAUGACAAAAAAUCGUGAGACUCACGGCAGAACCGUGAGAGUUGGCAGGUCUGGUAUCUGUUAGGACAUCCUAGGGCAACUUGAGGCUUUUCGAAAUUACAAGGGCUUCAGUUUUAUUUUCCUGAAAGUAUGAGACCGUAAGUUGAUUAAGGUCAUUCCUUAUCACCUAGAGAUAUACGCCAAGAGAUCAGAGGCACAAUUUAAAAGAUUUGACCAACAAGAAACAAGGAAGGUAAAUACAAUAUUAAAAUAAUUUUAUUCUAUUUAUAUACAUUAAGCAGUCUAGAUAGCAACACAGUGUAGAAGAUACAAGAAUUCAUGGUCAAAACAAACUACACUGUAAAAUUCAAACUGCACGAUAAAUGGCAUAAGACAUAAUACCGCCCCUCUCAAACAUGCAAAGGAAUAAUCCAGUUUUAAACCUGUGAGAGCAACAAUGAGGAUGCAAGGGCAUUAUGUUAGAUGCCCUAUGAUAAAUUCUAACUUUUACAUAAAAACUUUGAUUAAACAAUAAUAUAUACUUAGGGGUCAACUGGGAUUUGAACUCAGCAAAGAAAUGGGAUACACAUUCUCCCUGAACUAUAACAUGCAAAGUCUGAUUAUAUAAGGUAAUAUACACCAGCUCAACUGUUAUUCAUACUUAGCAAAGAAUUGGGAGGCAGCAGCUUUCUGAACAAUGAAUACGAACUUUAAUUAUCCUAAUGAGCAAAAAGACUAAAAUGGGGCAUGGGUGUUAGAGAAUAGAAAGUAGAAAUAAUAUUGUGACAAGCUGUCUUCUUAGACUGCAUCCACUUACUAAAAUCAACAUUAUUCCUUUUCGCUUACUGACAAGAGUCGUACAAAUUUUUAUUUACCAGCCUUUGAACUGUUUUGGUUUAAUAUCAACCCUGCCAAACCAAUUCUUUCCUUUUCAAAGUGUCUCGACCAAAUGAAGCGUUUAAAGGCACCCAGGCCCAUGGACAGAAUUCUCCCCAGUCCCCCUCUACUUUUCAUCGCUAUCUUUACUUCGCACCGCUCUCCACUAUCUGAACGCUUGGAACAGGCUAAAUUUAAAGAUACAUGGAUUUUCUCCCGGGGAGUAAACCGCUUAUAUAAGCCGACUAGGUAUGUGCCAGCCCAAAGGGUGUGGUUUUUGCACCUUUUUGGUCUAAAAACGGUCAGGACUUGGAGAACCGGGGGGCCCACCCCUACCAAGAACCCCCAAGAGCACCCCUCUUUGGGAUUUCAGUCACUUUCAGGUAGUAAAUAACACAAAUAAGCAGCCACGGUUUAAAUACUAGGGCCACGCGUGAAUCGCCGAGAGAGAGAGUUAGCUUCCUUUUUUAUUGGGUACUUUGUUUUGCUCUGCACGUAAGUUUUGUUUACUCUUUUUAGAUAACUCAAUCUAAGAGAAGAGCAGGUAUAUUAAAGUUGUUUAAAAUGUGUGGGCCCUCAAAACAAAAUGAUUUGAAAAAUCUUAAUUAUGUGCCAGUAAUUUUCGGAUCUCGCUUUAAAUUAGAUAAUGCAAUCAUGGUUAGGGAUAUGUACUAGCGAAGGCUAGGGAACCUACCUUGUGACAGGUAAUCACUGAUUUCAAAAACCUAUCACAAUAAAAUUUUGACUGCCAGAUAAAGAGUAUUUCAACAAAUCAUAUCUGACUUCAUCAUUUUGUUAUGCUUUAACUAAUUUUUUUUUGUCUUCUUCACUCAUGUAGGUAACAAUUUAAUAACAAUCUAACAGAAGUACAGUCAUUAAUUGUUCAGUGCUGACCAAACUAAACCAGGAUAUUCUUAAAACGGUAAGAGCUUGGAGCUUGUAACAACCCCAAUCCCGAUCUUUAUUUAGUGACUUAACAAAUUAUGGCUCCUAAAGAUCUUCCUUGAGGUAUUAGAAUACAUAAAAAUUCUGAUAUUAAAAUUAGAUAAACUGGGAUUCCAACCCAGCAAGCAAGGGAGACAGGAGCUCCGUGGACUGAAUCUUCAGUCUAUCAUAGUUAUUACUUACUAUUAA